CUUCAUCUCGCGUCCGAUCGAUCGAUCCCCAAUCCACCCCAUUCCAUUGCGUAGUGCUGGAGCCCUCCUCCGCUUUCUCUGGUGGCGCCGUCCAUGUCUCCUCCUCCUCCUCCUCCCCUCUCCUCCUAGCUGCACACUGAUUGAGCUCUCCAUUCUUCUCUCUCUCUCUCUCUCUCUCUCUCUCUCUGUCCUACUGUUAGCUACCUAGGGUUUGCCAUGGCCAUCUCCUUUUUUGAGCCAUCACCUUUUACUCUCUCUCAUGCAUGACCCAUGACACAUCCAUCCAGCAGCCAUCCCCACUAGCUAUAGUAGCUCUCUCUCUCUCUCUAGCUAGCUAUCCUCAUCAGCACCCAGACUCUCUGCUUCUGUGUCUCUUGCUGUCUUGGAGCACUGUUCUUAGCUGCAGGUAGUAGCUCCAGCUCGAUCGUUCUCUCUUAGCAGCUAAGGAAGGCCACAUAAAUUAUAAAAGGCACCACUUGAGGGGCAGGGCAGAGGAAAGUUGUGGUUUCCAUCUCCUCACACACUCACAAAGUCACGGUCAGUGAAAGGAACCAAGAGGGAAACUAGUUCUUCGCCACCGUACCGGGUACCGCAUCGAUCAAGAUCAUCAUGGUGUUCUCCUCGCUCCCGAUCUUCCUAGACCCUCCCAGUUGGGGCCAGAUGCAGAUGCAGCAGCAGCCACCACUCCAGUGUCUCCUCGGCGGCGGUGGCGGUGGCAGCGACCACCACCACCUCAUGCCUCCGCCGUCCGGCCUGGCGCCGCUGCCGGGUGGUCCUGCUGACACGGCGGCGAGCGCUCCGGCUGGAGGCGGCUCGUCCACCUCGAUGCAGGCCGCGGCGGGAGCGGGGACGGCGGCGGCGCAGCCUCGCCCCGUGGUGUCGAUGGCGGAGCGCGCCCGGCUCGCGCGCGUGCCGCUCCCGGAGCCCGGCACGCUCCGCUGCCCGCGCUGCGACUCCACCAACACCAAGUUCUGCUACUUCAACAACUACUCGCUCUCGCAGCCGCGCCACUUCUGCAAGGCGUGCCGCCGCUACUGGACCCGCGGCGGCGCGCUCCGCAACGUGCCCGUCGGCGGCGGGUGCAGGCGCAACACCAAGCGCUCCAGCAAGAAGUCGUCCCGCGGCGGUGGCGGCGCGGGCGCCACGGCGGCCACCUCGUCGUCCUCCACCACCUCCACCUCCACCACGGCCACCACCACCACCGCCACCACCACGAGCGCGGCCAUGGCGGCGGCCGAGGCCAUCGCCAGCAUGCAGGCGCAGCUGCCCCACCUCGGCCUCCCGCCCGCAGCGGCCGCCGCCGCGCUGGAGGCCUCGCUGGAGGGCUACCACCACUACCUCCCGCUGCAGAUGCAGCCGCAGUUCCUGCAGCAGGCCGGCCUGCACGGCUACCAUUUCGCCGACGACGGCACCGGCGUCCUCGCUGACGGCUUCCCGAGGGGCGUCGUCGCCUCGGGCUUGCUUGCGCAGCUCGCGGCGGUGAAGAUGGAGGAGCACAGCAGCAACGGCGGAGGUGCCGUUGCGGCGCACCAUGAGCAGUCGUACUGGCCCGGCAGCACCGGCGGUGGCAGUGGGUGGCCGGCGGAGUUCUUGUCGGGGUUCAGCUCGUCGUCGUCGGGGAAUGUGUUGUGAGUUGCAUGUGGCCGUCCAGGUCCAGCUGAGGAUGCAUGAUCGAUGGGCCGGGGGCCGGCCAUGCAUGCAUGGAUGGAUGCUGAUGAAGCUGAACUAGCUCACCCUCAAUUAGUUCUAGGGUUUAUGUGGUUUGGAACUUAAUUGGAGUCGUCUUCUUCAAUUAGGCUGGUGAUCCAUCUUGUGUUGGGGUUUUUACAUGUUUUUUUUUCUUAUGAGUUUCAAGCUGGUCAAUGUCGUGUAGUUGGUAGUUUUGCAUGUAGUGGGAAGUGCAUGUGUUAACUCAUGGAGGUGAUAUGUGUAUCAGGUUACUUAACUAUACUAUGUUUAAUUACAUGAGAACUUGGUGGGCAUAGUUGUACUAGUACAAUCGAGCUCUAAAUUUCA